AUGGCGAAUACAUCGACACCAGUAAACACACUGUCUAGAGAUAACUUAGUGGUGUUGAUAAGGAACAAUGUUUUAAACAAUUCUGUCGAGUUCUCGUCAGACACAGAUGUGAUGGAGACAGUUUCACCAAUGAGGAAGCCAUCGAACCUACGACCUAUCACCAAGAAACUGUUCCACUCGCCCAUGUCACCUCAAAGCCCAGAAAGACCCCAGACAAAGAUAGAACGAUCGAGGAAAAGAAAGAGGAAAGCAAUGCUAAUUCCGGAUUCAGAAGAAAAUGUACAAAUAGCCUAUAUAAAAGAACGGGACGCAUAUAGCCCAGAUACAUAUGGGGGAAUGAGAAAGAGAGUGAUGAUAAGUCUGUUUCACAAUAAAGAGUAUUGUAUGGAUAUUGGCGAU